AUGGCAGAGAUGAGAAGGCUAUUCUUACUGUUGCUCUACAUUUCCCACUCUUCUGCCAAAUGUGGCAUCCAGAAAGCCUUAAUCCCAGACACUCUCGAGGACAACCUGGUCCACAGGAAGAUGUUCCCAUGGGUGGUGUCACUGCAAGAUUCCAAGUACUCCCACCUGGCUUUCGGCUGCAUCCUCAGUGAGUUCUGGAUCCUCAGCAUCGCGUCCACCUUUCAGCACAGGAAGAACUUGGUGGUUAUUGUUGGCAUAGCGGACAUGGAUGCCAGAAAAAGAGCCCAUGCAGAAUAUCCCAUCAAUACCAUCAUCAUCCACGAGGGCUUUAAUAACCGCUCCAUGAGAAACAACAUCGCCCUUCUGAAGACAGACUCGGCAAUGCAGUUCAACGACCUGGUCCAGCCCGUCUGCUUCCUGGGCAGGAAGCCGCAUAAACUCCCAGCCUUGUGGAACUGCUGGGUGUCAGGAUGGAACCCCACGUCUGCAACAGGAACGCACAUGACAAUGAGUAUCCUGAGGAAAAUGUCCGUGAAAGAUGUUGACCUGUGUCCUUUAUACAAACCCCCGAAAACAGCCUGCUGCAGUCACAGAGGGGAAAAAAUGGACAUCUGCUUGGGGGACCCAGGAAACCCAAUGAUGUGCCAGCUACAACAACUGGGUGUGUGGGUCCUGAGAGGAAUCCUAAGUAAAGGCGGUGAGAAAUGCAUUGGCCCAUUUGUGUACACCAAGGUGGAAGAUUACAGUGAUUGGAUCGCAGCCAGCACCAAGAGGGUCGGCCCUGUGUUGUAUUCCCUCCAACACUGGGAGAAGGUACUCCCUCACUCUGGCGGGCUGAGGGACCUCGUGACACAGAAAACACAUGCUGGCCAGGACCACCACGGAGGGCACCAUGUGCACCAUCAAGGACGGAACUGGCCCUCCAGUCAUUCGCUGCCAGCAAAAGACUCUAGGAACAGUCUCAACUUUCGGCAAACGGGUCUGAGGGAAGCCGGCCGGGCUUCGGAAAUGGCUAUGCAGCCCAUGUACUAUGACUACUACGGUGGGGAAGCUGGGGAGGGGGGAGUCAUUGCAGGUCAGAACAGCUUACAUCACCCCCAAAAAGCUAUGUUGGUUUUCUUCUUGCUGGUUUUCUUUUGCAGAGGUGCCUAG